AUGAAGUUCACAGAGGGAAUGUGGUGUCUGCAGGAGGGCGUUAGUAUCGAGUGGAUGAGCAAUGUCGAAAGAAUGCGGGUUCAGCAGGAGACUGUUGAUCUGCUCUUGAACAAGCUCCAGAGACAUCGUGGUGACACUCUUAACUCGCCUACGAUCUCCGCCAAGGUCACGUCCCCACAAGAGGGUGUUAUUGGCGUGAAACUUGUGCAUUGGGCUGGACAGGUGGACAAUGGUCCCCAUUACACAAUCAACCAAGAAACUGGACACGCCAAAAUCACUCUGGAUCGAGGCACCAAAAAACUCUCCUACGCCAGCGGACCUCUAUCAUUGACCAUUAAUACAGCACUCAACGAACUUGAUUUCGUCUUCCGUAGUUCAGAAAAUAAAAAGCUCACCGGUCAUUCCUGGCGCUCAAUUGGGUAUGUUCGCGACACCCGCAGCGAAAAAUACAACACUGCAGACGGUAUCUACGCCGAAAGACAGGGAUACAUGCUCGCAGAGCUCGACGUCGGCGUCGGCGAAAAAGUCUACGGCCUCGGCGAGCGAUUCGGCCCUCUCGCCAAAAACGGACAAACAGUCGAUAUCUGGAACGAGGAUGGAGGCACCAGUUCCGAGCUGGCAUACAAAAAUAUCCCAUUCUAUAUCUCGUCCAAGGGAUACGGCGUCUUCAUCAACCACCCCGGAAGGGUGAGUCUGGAAGUGCAAUCCGAGCGCACGACCAGAGUCAACAUCUCUGUUCCGGGCGAGGAGAUCGAGUACUUUGUCGUUUUUGGCGAGACGCCGAAAGACGUCUUGAGACGGUACACUUCUUUGACUGGCAAGCCGGCUCUCGUCCCGGCUUGGAGUUACAAUCUUUGGCUUACGACAAGCUUUACGACGAACUAUGAUGAGCAGACUGUCACUGGAUUCUUGGAUGGGUUUGAACAGCGGGAUCUUCCGCUGGGUGUUUUUCAUUUUGAUUGUUUCUGGAUGAAGUCGUAUCAAUGGUGUGACCUCGAGUUUGAUGAGGAAAUGUUCCCUGAUGCACUGGGGUAUCUCAAGAGACUGAAAGACCGUGGGCUACGCCUCAGCGUCUGGAUCAAUCCAUAUGUCGGACAAGCGUCUCCGCUCUUCGAGGAAGGAAAGAAGAACGGAUACUUUAUCAAGCGAACAGACGACUCCGUCUGGCAAUGGGACUUCUGGCAAGCCGGCAUGGCCGUCGUGGACUUUACCAACCCCGCCGCAUGCACCUGGUACACCAGCCAUCUAGAGCGACUAAUGGACAUGGGAAUCGACAGCUUCAAAACCGACUUCGCCGAGAGAAUCCCAAUCAAGGGAGUAAAAUACCACGACGGCUCCGACCCAGCCAGAAUGCACAAUUACUACGCCCUCCUCUACAACCGCGUCGCCUACAACGCGCUCAAUGCACGCGUCGGCAAAAGCCAAGGAAUCCUCUUCGCGCGCAGCACCGCACCAGGUGGUCAACAAUUCCCGGUCCACUGGGGCGGCGACUGCGAAAGCACCUUCGAGGCCAUGGCCGAGUCUCUGCGCGGCGGACUAAGCCUAAUGCUUAGCGGGUACAUAUUCUGGGCCUCUGAUAUCGGCGGGUUUGAAGGAACGCCGCCGCCAGCGUUGUAUAAGCGCUGGGUGCAGUUUGGAUUGUUAUCUUCUCAUUCGCGAUUGCAUGGGUCUAGCUCUUUCCGUGUUCCCUGGAUCUAUGGGGAGGAUUGUUCAGAUGUGUUGCGGGAUUGUGUGAAGAGGAAGAUUUUGCUUACACCUUAUAUUUUGCAAGAGGCAUUAAGGGGACAUAGGGAAGGUGUUCCGCUUAUGAGGGCGCUUUUCCUUGAGUUUCCGAAGGACUUGAAUACGUAUGCUGUUGAUACGCAGUAUAUGUUUGGGUCAAAUUUGAUGGUUGCACCUGUUUUCUGCGAGGAGGGCGAGGUUACCUUCUACGUACCGCAGGUUGAAGAUGAGAACGCCGGCAAUUGGGUGAGCUGGUUUGAUUACGCGAAGAUCUAUGAGGGUGGGAGGUGGUACACCGAAACUCAUGGGUUUGAUACGUUGCCUAUUCUUGUUCGGCCGGGUACAGUCACGAUCAUGAAUCACUCAUUGAAGGCGCCCGAAGAUCCCGCGUUGAAAGGUAUUGAACUGCUGGUGAAUGGAAAAUUGGGAGGUGAGACGCUGGUCGAGGUCGUGGAUCCAGCGCAGACGGGCGAGGUAUUGAAGACAAUUCGGAUUACUCCAGCUGCGGAUGGGAAUAGCGUCAGCGUCGAAGGGCACGAGGCAGUCUUGAUGCAUCUAAAUUAG